GCCAUAAAGGAAGUUAAAACAAACCCACUUAGUCCACUAAGUACACAACUCCCCCAUAUACCCAUAAGACUAGGAAAGCAGAAACUAACUAAUUAAAAUAUCUAACAAAAUUAACAAGGGAGAAAUUGUAUUUAGCAGGAUCAAGCUGCUCCAUGUCUCCACCUAUUAGCUGUUUAGGCCGUUUCUGGCCAUUUUUGGUGAUUGAAUCUGUGGGUUUGUUUGACAGAUUUGUUUUCGUGAAAUAAAAAUUUCACGGUUUUAUUUUGUUGUUGUAUGGCAAGUCAAAGAUAGCUUGAGUUGGUGGGGGCAUUCAGUUGCUAUUUUGACUGCACCUAUGUCUCAAUGAGCCAUUUGAUCCUAAAUGACCAAUGAGGUCAACAAUUUUUGGAUGGAUGAAAUUCAAAAGAAAGAGAUGGUCAUGCAUGUUCAAUAUCUUAUUUGCUGCCUCAAGUGAAAGGCAUAAGUCAUUUUCAAUCUAUUAUAUUAAGUAGCACCUACUAGUAGCAGGCUUUUAGAUGUCAUACUUUACGUCUUAUAUAUGCUAGGUACUUCUAUUUAUUGAAAGAGUAUAAUGGAUUUCACGAGCAGCAAUCAACAUUCGUCAUUGUGAAAUGGUGCUUGCUUAAUGCGUGUUUGGUGUGUUGCUUGUUAAAACUUUUGAAUAUCAUGCCAUCAUCCAGUAUUUAACUUGGUCCUCGUUAGGAUAGAAAGAAACUUCUAAGUUAUCUUCUUAAUGGCUACCUUAAUACUUUAAUUCUCAGCCAUGGGCUGUUGAAAACUGCUUCCUGUGCAUUUAUCUGUUGUUCUGGCAGUUUUGGAUCAUGUUUAAGUCUAUGAGUUAGCAGACUAUCUGGUGGUGGAGGACGAGUAAGUAGUUAAUUGCAUGAUAAGGUUAGGUUAGUUAUCAACUUCAAAAUUAAAUGACACCAAACUUAUCAUCUGCUGCGUGCAGAAAAACUGGCCUUUUCUUUUAACUUUUUUCUUGACCCUUUGCCAAUUUGCCUCAUUAGGAUCUUUGCUUUCCAAAAUCUGAAUGGAGGAGACUUUGAUAUGUUGGCAAUUUCCUUAUAUUGAUGCCACUCUGAAUCUGCUAUAGUUUUCUAGUCUUUAAAUUCAUUUUGAUGGCUCUGAUAGGCUUACAGCUUACUGCUUCUUUACAUGGAAAUGCUGACUUAGGAAUUAUUUUGUCCAUUUCACUUCAGAUCUUCUAUCCUAUUUUGCCUGUGAGUAUGUGUAUACUGUGUGACUUAUGAAUUGCAGAUGUUAUUCAAGGUUGGAAUUGUCUCUACCUUAAAAAUAAAGUAUUUAGUUCUCAGCCAUUAUAAUUGUCUUGGUUGAAUUUGCCAUUUUGAGGAUCCAAGUCUGACAUUAUACUUUAUCAGGUGCAAUAGUGUCAUUAAAACCAGGACUCUUUUCUGUUUGUUUUGGGGGUGGGGGGUGGGGGUUGUAAACAGGAGAGUGAAAGUGUUUCUUCAAAGUUCCCAGGGGAACAGACAUCACAGAAUUUUAGGCGUUCUCUGCUCAUUUUAAAUAAAUCUCUCUUCAGAUUUUUCUCCGAUGAAUAGUCUCCCUUUUUUCUUGAGAAUAUUUCCUUUGGGGGUCCUACUGCCAUUGUACCAUCUACUGUAGUCAGAUUCAUGAAGGUGCGGCACCAGCACUUGACGUGAAGGGUUACUUUGAUGGUCUGUAGCUUCUCCAUCUUCCAAUUCAGUGACUCCAAAAAUGAAACCAAGAACUAAUGUGGGGCCAAGGUCCCAGAAGUCCAAAGGUGUUCAGAGUGAGGGGCCAAACUGGGUCAUAAUUGCAGGUAGUGCGUUAUUAAGUACAUUAUCUGUCCGCUUAGGCUACAAGCUGAAGCAGGUGCUUGACUCGAGACAACAGAACAAGACUACCAGCAGUUUGAAAGGAAAUGAAAAAUCUCCUGAUGGAAGGAAGUUAGGGAAUGGUCAUUUGCAGUCAAGUACUUAUUAUUUUGCGCAAGAUGAUGGUGGCUGCUACAAUUGCAAUACAGGAGCUGGAGGAUUGGGGGUUAUAAAGCAGCAGCAGUGUAAUGGGUCUGAGCCUGAAAUGGUGCUCCCUCUUGUGACUGUUCCUGCCCUCGAAUUCAAUAAAGAGAAUGGUGGGCCAUGGUCAAGCUCUCCUGACCGUCUUGAACUGCCACAGAAACCAUUUCAUCACUCGAACAGCUCCGAGUCGCCAUGCGUCUCAGAAUCUGGUUCCGACAUAUACAGUAAGCGAGAAGUGAUACAAAAGCUGAGACAACAGUUAAAGAGAAGGGACGAAACAAUAUUAGAGAUGCAAGAGCAGCUUGUAGAGUUGCAGGGUUCUCUCAACAGUCAGCUGUCGCAUUCUGCCCAUCUGCAGUCGUUGCUGGACGCUGCAAACAGGGAUCUGUUUGAUUCGGAGAGAGAGAUACAGAGGCUGAGGAAAGCAAUUGCAGAUCAUUGCGUUGGACAAGUUGGUUCUUGCGAAAAGUCCCCAACAGUACCUGUAUGGCCAGCUGAAGUCCGAUAUGGUCAUACGAACGGUCACACAAAUGGUCACCUGGAAAUUGAUAGAAAUUCUGAUACCUCAGAGAAGGGAAGAGGAGGAGAUGUGGAAAGGUUCGAAAUGCUGAAGCGCGAAAAAGAUGAGUUGAAAGAAGUGAUUGAAGGGAAGGAUUAUCUAAUCAGGAGCUACAAGGAGCAAACUGCUGAGUUAUCAAUCAAGGUGAAGGAACUGCAGCAGAGAUUGGAUGCUCAGCUCCCAAAUAUUUUGUAGGCACGCGUUAGAGUUGUGUAUUCUUUAGUUUGCUUCCAUCUUAUGUUUCUCAUUCCCUUGAUUGGUUUUAAGCUUCAUGAUAUGGGAAUGCUCUUUUCUCGGUUUUCUUCUGUUUUUUUUCCUUUUUAUGUUUUUAUUCCUUACCUCCAUCUAAUCCAUUCUGUUUUCUGUUCAUAAUGUUUGACGAAACGAUUUGGAGAACGUGCGUAGAAGUAGUAGAUCGAGUUUGAGGAUUGCUUCCUGUAUUGCUGAACAUGUAAAAAUGGUUCAUACAUGCAUGGAGUAGUUUUAUCUGAAGUUUUGAAAUAGACAUUUGCUCAGCAGUUUGAUCAUA